UAAGAGAUCCCCGGAAAUGCCAAGAGUUCGAAUUCAAAUCGAGGCAGAGUUUGAAAACAUUUCUACUAUGCAAAUCGGGAACGUGCUUGUCGAGAACAAAUUCAGACCUGGUCUCAGAAUUAUCUCUGGACCAAAUCUAAUUCCAAUGGUCAACAACUACCAGUUUGUAUGGAACUUCAGCGACGUACAAAAUAUCAGUAUGGAUUAUACAGCAACACCUGAUAGAGAAGCAACGGAUAUUUUCUUCACCAAUUUCAUCAUAACCGAAUAUUCCGCAAAUUUAUCUAAUAAAAUAAAUACUGAAAUAAGCCUGCAGUAUUGCCUGGAAAUGCAGAAACACAUAGAUCGAAAUUGGUUGCAUGAAUUCACAGCUUUGAUAUUUUUUCUUGGAAUAUUCCUGGGACUAACUUUGCUGAUAUUCAUCAUGCUUCUCAUUGUAAUCCAUCGGCAGAGAUCUAUUACACCUUACUCUAAGGACUACACCAAGCAUAAAUCACUCAUGAUGACUGCUUCUAAGUGGGAGGAUAAACAAAUGGACAUAGGGUGA